AUGCAUUUGGGCCUGAACGUGCACCAACCUCAGCGGGACCAUGCCGUGUUCCCCGCGCGUCGCCCAGGAACGGACCCGAAUCCGGCGAGCACUCGAACCGGCGAAGCGACUGAGCAUCGACUCUCGUCCCUCGUCGCUGCGUUGAUUGGACCUUUCAUCGUGCUCUUCUCUAUCCCGGGGUUAACUGAAUACUGGUCAGUAUCAUCCUCUUCGUAUUGCGUCUUUACUAAACCCAACUACCUGGGUGUCGUCAGCAUCGAGGUCGAUGUAGAUUCAGACUCAGCUCGGGCAAGCCGACAUUCGAGGCUCCGAAUUGGGCGGCCGAUCCCCUUCGCCGCCUGUCGAUCAGGAAUUCCGAUCGAAACUGACGGCGGGAUAGACCCGAUUCAUGCAUUGACAAUGAGGAGAUCAGAGCGGUACUAAAUAUAUAUAUAUCUUAUUUUCAUAAACAGGUAUACUCAAAAAGGCUCGACAGAAGAGCCGGACUGGAGCCAACCGGAUCCGAAUUUGAUUGUCAUCUCGGGCACGAUCACGCUCGUACUCGGAAUCAUCGCCAACAUUUUGCUCGCGCUGAGGCUGGUCGAAACACAUGCUGUAUGUCCGUCUCGUGGUCUUUCAUUUCAAAUUCACUCGACCAAUAUCUAACACUCUUAUUUUCCCGUUCACCAAUCAGCGAUUCUGCAUCUUCUCGGGCUUGUUCAUUCUAUCCUGGUUCACAUUCAUCAACACGAUCGCCCUCAUCCUCUUCACCGUCAAGUCGAGCAAAGUCGAUGAUGGGUACACCUUAUCAACUGCCUUCUCCCUGACGGCGGCUUCGACCGCUCUGGCCGCACUGGUGCUAGUCAUGUUUCUCCUUGAAGGCCUCCAAACCAAGUGGUACCAAUAG